CCGCGCUGUACCGCCCCCCGGCGGGCGAUGUGGGCACGGCGGCGGCUCUGGGCCACACGGGCCGGACCGCCUCACCACCGCAGGAUGGGGACCAGGGCAUCGGCCCCCACCACCAAUGCAGAAGCCGCAGCCGCCACCCAGAUUCAGGAAACCGUGUCGGCCAACUGCGUGGUCAUCUUCUCGAAAACCUCCUGCUCCUACUGCGACGUGGCCAAGAAGCUUUUCCGUGACAUGAACGUGAAUUACACCGCCGUGGAGCUGGACCUGCACGAAUACGGGAGUCAGUUUCAGGACGCCCUUCACCGGAUGACGGGGGCCAGAACGGUUCCCAGGAUAUUUGUCAAUGGGACAUUUAUCGGGGGAGCCACAGACACUCACAGGCUUCACCGGGAAGGCAAGCUGCUUCCCUUAGUCCGGCAGUGCAGAGCGAACACGAAGGGCGGGGAAUUUUGAAGCGCAGCCGUCGAAACGGCCGACUCCAGAAGCGGGAAAAACGCCAAGCGGCAGUCGGGACCGGAAAAUAAAGCCGUUCUUCAAACCUCCCGCAUCCCCAUCUCCGGGCGGAGAUUCCUUUCUGGACGCCGCUCAUCGGGGCGGGAUCCUUUUGGACUGUGAGCCCACUGUUGGGUAGGGACUGUCUCUAUACGUUGCCAACUUGUACUUCCCAA